AUGGGUGGUAGCUUGCUAGGCCCCCGUGGUAGAAAAUCCCCUGCCACAUCAGGUGGCGUCACCACCGUGGAAGGCGGCUUCCUAGGUCCGAUGGGUGGUAUUCUCCAUGAUGGUGGCAUCACCACAAUGGACGGUGGAUGGCUAGGCCCGGAAGGUGAUACUCUCCCCCGUGGCAACAAAUUCCCAACCACGCUAGGUGGCAUUGCCAAGUAUGGUCGUGCAUCUGCAACCAUUGCCAGAAGCGACGUCAGUAGCGUCAGAGCCACCAUGACCACAAUUGAUGGCCGCAAGGGAAGGGCGACUUUCAACGUUCGUUCAACGUCCUCCUUGAAUUGGUAG